GCCUGUGUGUGUUCCGCUCAGAAGAGGGGACCCGGAGAGCAGUCCAGGCUCGGCGCGCGGCGGAGCUGCGGCUCUUCCUGUGGCUGGGGGGGAGCGGCGAGGUGGCCGCCUUGCGCCUCCUCGGACUUCCCAAGUGGGGGCAGAGCAACCGCUCACCGAGCCGCCAGUUAGAAGGCACAGGGAAAGAGGGACGGCCAAACUCCUCCUCAGCAUCUCCUCUCCACCCCCUUUUGGCUCCUGCCCUUCGAGAAAGUGGAGUGUGGCUCUUGGUUAUCAUUAUUUCUUCGGACUGCUUCGUGGUGCACGGAUUCAGCGGCUUCCCAGUGGGGUUUUCCGCUGUUGGCGCGUCUCUCUGUGUGGUUCCGCCCGGCACACCUCUGUCGACGAUGAGGAAAGGUCUACGGGAGACAGCGGCCCGCUGCGGACUGGGACUGGGAUACGUGUUGCAAAUGCUCGUGCUACCUGCCCUGGCCCUCCUCAGUGCCAGCGGUACCGGCUCGGCCGCUCAAGACGACGACUUUUUUCAUGAACUCCCAGAAACCUUUCCAUCCGAUCCACCUGAACCUCUACCACAUUUUCUUAUUGAGCCUGAAGAAGCUUAUAUUGUGAAGAAUAAGCCUGUGAACCUCUAUUGUAAAGCCAGUCCCGCCACCCAGAUCUACUUCAAGUGCAAUAGUGAAUGGGUUCAUCAGAAGGACCACAUAGUAGAUGAGAGAGUAGACGAAACCUCUGGUCUCAUUGUCCGGGAAGUGAGCAUUGAGAUUUCGCGCCAGCAAGUCGAAGAACUCUUUGGGCCUGAAGAUUACUGGUGCCAGUGUGUGGCCUGGAGUUCAGCGGGCACCACAAAGAGCAGGAAGGCCUACGUGCGCAUCGCAUAUCUACGGAAGACAUUUGAGCAGGAACCCCUGGGAAAGGAAGUAUCCUUGGAACAGGAGGUGUUGCUCCAGUGUCGACCACCUGAAGGGAUCCCAGUGGCUGAGGUGGAAUGGUUGAAAAAUGAAGACAUCAUUGAUCCCGUUGAAGAUCGGAAUUUUUAUAUUACUAUUGAUCACAACCUUAUCAUAAAGCAGGCCCGCCUCUCAGAUACUGCAAACUAUACUUGUGUGGCCAAAAACAUCGUUGCCAAGAGGAAAAGCACGACAGCAACUGUCAUAGUCUAUGUCAAUGGUGGCUGGUCCACCUGGACAGAGUGGUCUGUGUGUAAUAGCCGCUGUGGACGAGGAUAUCAGAAGCGCACAAGGACCUGCACCAACCCAGCACCACUCAAUGGUGGUGCCUUCUGUGAGGGGCAGAGUGUGCAGAAAAUAGCCUGUACUACCUUAUGCCCAGUGGAUGGCAGGUGGACUUCAUGGAGCAAGUGGUCUACUUGUGGGACCGAGUGCACGCACUGGCGCAGGAGGGAGUGCACGGCGCCCGCCCCCAAGAACGGAGGCAAGGACUGUGAUGGCCUCGUCUUGCAAUCCAAGAACUGCACUGAUGGGCUUUGCAUGCAGAGUUUCCUUUAUCCUAUUUCAACUGAACAGAGAACCCAGAAUGAAUAUGGAUUUUCUUCUGCUCCUGACUCAGAUGAUGUUGCUCUGUAUGUUGGCAUUGUGAUAGCUGUGAUAGUUUGCCUGGCCAUUUCUGUAGUGGUGGCCCUAUUUGUGUAUCGCAAGAAUCAUCGCGACUUUGAGUCUGAUAUUAUUGACUCCUCGGCACUCAAUGGAGGCUUUCAGCCCGUGAACAUCAAGGCAGCGAGACAAGAUCUCCUGGUGGUACCCCCAGACCUCACAUCGGCCGCAGCCAUGUACAGAGGACCCGUCUAUGCUUUGCAUGAUGUCUCAGACAAAAUCCCAAUGACUAACUCUCCAAUUCUGGAUCCACUGCCCAACCUGAAAAUCAAAGUCUACAACACCUCAGGUGCAGUCACCCCCCAAGAUGACCUCUCUGAGUUCGCAUCAAAGCUGUCUCCUCAGAUGACCCAGUCCUUGUUGGAGAAUGAGGCCCUCAAUGUGAAGAAUCAGAGUCUAGCGAGGCAGACUGACCCAUCCUGUACUGCGUUUGGCACCUUCAACUCUCUGGGGGGUCACCUCAUUGUUCCCAAUUCAGGAGUAAGCUUGCUGAUUCCCGCUGGGGCCAUUCCCCAAGGGAGAGUCUACGAAAUGUAUGUGACUGUACACAGGAAAGAAAAUAUGAGGCCACCCAUGGAAGACACCCAGACACUCUUGACCCCUGUGGUGAGCUGUGGGCCUCCCGGAGCUCUGCUGACCCGCCCUGUUAUUCUCACUAUGCAUCACUGCGCAGAUCCCAAUACCGAAGACUGGAAGAUACAGCUCAAGAACCAGGCAGCACAGGGACAGUGGGAGGAUGUGGUGGUGGUUGGGGAGGAGAACUUCACCACCCCCUGCUACAUUCAGCUGGAUGCAGAGGCUUGCCACCUCCUCACAGAGAACCUUAGCACCUAUGCCCUGGUCGGGCAGUCCACCACCAAAGCUGCUGCGAAGCGCCUGAAGCUGGCCAUCUUCGGGCCACUUUGCUGUUCCUCUCUGGAGUACAGUGUUCGAGUCUACUGUCUGGACGAUACGCAGGAUGCCCUGAAGGAAGUACUGCAGCUUGAGAGACAGAUGGGAGGACAGCUCCUAGAAGAACCUAAGGCUCUUCAUUUUAAAGGCAGCACCCACAACCUGCGCCUGUCGAUUCACGAUAUCGCCCAUUCGCUCUGGAAAAGUAAAUUGCUGGCCAAAUACCAGGAAAUUCCUUUUUAUCAUAUCUGGAGUGGGUCUCAAAGAAACCUCCACUGCACAUUCACUCUGGAAAGAUUUAGCCUGAACACAGUGGAGCUGGUCUGCAAACUCUGCGUGCGGCAGGUGGAAGGAGAAGGGCAGAUCUUCCAGCUCAGCUGCACCGUGUCGGAGGAACCCACUGGCAUUGAUCUGCCUCUGCUGGACCCAGCGAGCACCAUCACCACCAUGACCGGCCCCGGUGCUUUCAGCAUUCCUCCCCCCAUCCGGCAGAAGCUCUGUAGCAGCCUGGACGCCCCACAGACCAGAGGGCAUGACUGGAGGAUGCUGGCCCAUAAGCUGAACCUAGACAGGUACUUGAAUUACUUUGCCACCAAAUCCAGCCCAACUGGCGUAAUCCUGGAUCUCUGGGAAGCACAGAACUUCCCAGAUGGAAACUUGAGCAUGCUGGCGGCCGUCCUGGAAGAAAUGGGAAGGCAUGAAACAGUAGUAUCGUUAGCAGCAGAAGGACAGUACUGACCCACGCCAGAACUGGAAAUGAAGGGCGGGAAUGCACCGGGGGU